CCGUGUGGGGACUGUUUGAAGCGGUUCUGUGGACAGGAAGCCUCGCACAAGUCAGCUAACUAGUCUGGCUAGCUAGCAUGCCAAGCUAACGAAUGCUAGCUUGGCUAAGAGCAGUUUGUUCUGUUUGUGUCAGCGGAAAUGAUCGAUAGCCGUGAUGGGAUGCUUGUUUUCAAACACCGCCUUAAACUUGAUGCUAAAAAGGCCGUGUUAAACCUAAUGUCACGGCGGGGAAAGCGGUGCAAGUGCGGGGGACGAGUGCGGGGGACGAGUACAGGCAGCUUGUCGCUGGGUUAGCGUGUCCUGUUUUAACAACACAGAAGAUUUGUGCCACCUUUGAUCAGAUCGAGGACGAUCAGAGCUGCGCCCGCAAGUAAAGCCGAUACAGAUGUUACUGAUUGAGCAGUGAUUGUGUAUGUGGGCUGAUUCAGGGAGCUGCUAAGUGUAGUUUCACAAUGGCAGAUGGAGGCAGCGAUGAUGACGUCAUUCACCUGGCAAGCUUCAACGUCCACCGCAGCCAAGGCUCACGCUCCCAUCUGAGAGAGCUCAUCACUAUUUCUGAUGACUCGGAUGAAGAGCCUGUGACUCUUGUACCCAGCAGUCCCGUUUUAGUCCCCGACGAUGCAGAUGACGACGAUGUCAGCAUAUUGGAGCCGUUAACGCCUGCGCGCAGACAUGUGAUCCGCCCAGCAGCGAAAUGGAGCGGGGCCUCGCACAACCCAAUUAAAGUUGUAGGUCAAAGUAGCGCAUCUUCUGGGGUUUCCGCAGGGGACCCAGUCCCUGCCUGUGCCCCCUCUACCUCCAGAGAUGCCAAGGGAACCACGUCUCCCCAAGCAGCCAUAAAAGUACAGUUUCUGGCGCACUCGAGCACAUCUGGAAACACACUGCUGGAUCCCGGCCCUUCAUCACUCUCCCAGCCAAAACUGACCACAAACUCACAGCAGCAUGACGGUACAUCAGCAGACACAAGCGGGGAGCUCCAUGCAUUUUCUUCUGUCCACACCCCAUCUACCUCCACAAAUGCCAAGGCCAACACCAUCUCAUCCAGAAUACCUGCACAAGUACCUGAACAAGUGCUUGUCCAGCCUCAGCCUAGCACAUCUGGACUAUCGCAUCAACAACCUGGCUCCUCAGCACAGUUACGUUUGGAGCAUCACGCAAACUCCUCUGCCAGUGCCACACACUAUAUUUGUGCUGCUGCAGUGACUGCUUCAAGUUCUUCUACAAAGACUCAAGCAAAGGCUGGCACCAGUAGCCUUACGCAAGACAAUCCUCAGGCCAGUACUUCGUCUGCACAUCUUCCAUCUCGUAUACGGACACACCCUCAGCCUAGUACUUCACUGUUCCAGUCUGGUGGAACAGUGUCAGUGCAGCCCCACCUCAUCCAGUUGAAGGAGGUGAAGCUAGUUGUUCUUCCACCACAGCCAAAUCAAGCUUCGGCUCUAAUAACCCAGCCCCAGGGUCUGCUGCAGCCUGUGCCAGUCAGACAAAUGCAGGGCAAUCUCAUUCAGAUUGAGCCGCAGCCCCUGGCUCAGGCCCCUGCCCAGGCUGCAGCCCAGCCUCCUCAACCUCCUCAGGUUAUACCAGGGAUGCCCCCUGCUGUUCUAAUAGCUGCAGCCCCAGAGAGACUGGGUCCUCCAGAAGCAGGUCACCGGAUCAUCCUGGGGAGCCAGGCACCCAAAAAUGCCCUUCCAAACCCUCCAGCUCAGGCUGGUCCCUCGGGUGUGCUUCAGCCAGCCAACAGACUUAACAUUAGGGUACAUAAUGUGAACUCUAACCCUCCUCCUGCUCCCCCAGCUCCUCCUGCUCCCGCAGCUUCAGUCCCCCACAACAGAGAAGAAGCACGUCUUAUUCUGGGUCAGAACCCAGAAAGAGUUAAUCUGGUCGCAGUGCCUCCAGCACCAGAGGAAAUUCCCCAGAUAGAGGAUGCAAGGCCUGGACCCUCCGCACAACAGGAGAGACCAGAGCACCAGCCUCACGUUAGGGCCCUUAUCAGUGGUGUUCUGGAUCUACUCCCAGACGUCCAAGAAACCUAUGUAGCAGAACUGAUCCAAAAGAAUAAUGUGAAAGACUUGAAUGUUAUCUGUAACCUGCUGUUGGAGACUCAAGAUUAUCCGAGGAAAGACACGGCAGCGGCCACAUCAGCUCCCACCAGCAUCCUACUAGAGUCUGGAGGCACCCAAAAUGAGGUGACCGAGGACUUGUUUGAUUAUGGCAAGCUGGGCGCGGUGGGACCUGAAGUUGUGAUGCAGGCCGCUGACUUGCUCAUGGCAGAUUUCAGGAUGCUCAGCUGUCAGGACAUUAAAUGGGCUCUCAACGCCCUGAAGGGACACUAUGCAAUCACACGCAAGGCCUUAUGUGAAGCUCUGAAGAAGUGGCAAGAGUCAGGGGACCCGUCGGGAAAGAAACGACGGAGCAGGACCUCGGAACGCUGCUACGUCGAUUUCCACUUUGAGCACGGUUCGGUUAAGUUUGACAAGAGGAUGUACUUCUUGGAGAAUGACCGUCGGUACUGCAGGACAUACAGCAGUCUGGAGGCAUCUGUGCAGAAGGAGCUUGCAUUCUAUCAGCAGAAGGCCAAGGAAUGGGCAGAGCAUGAGGACUUCCUCCUUGCUCUUCAGGUCAAUGAAGAUGAGUAUAAGAAGGAUGGUCAGCUGAUUGAGUGUGGCUGCUGUUUUGGGGAGUUUGCUUUUGAGAAGAUGACGCAGUGUUCGGACGGUCACCUGUUCUGUAAAGAGUGCCUGGUCAAAUACGCUCAGGAGGCGGUGUUCGGCUCUGGGAAGUCGGACCUGAGCUGCAUGGAGGGGGGCUGCCCGUGCUCCUACCCUGUGUGUGAGCUGGAGAAGGUCCUACCAGAGAAUAUACUGUGUAAAUAUUACGAGAGGCAGGCGGAGGAGGCGGUUGCUGCCACCUGUGCAGAUGAGUUAGUGAGGUGUCCGUUUUGCAACUUCCCAGCGUUGCUGGACAAAGGCAUGUCUCUGUUUAGCUGUCCCAACCCUCGGUGCCGCAAGGAGAGCUGUCGAAAGUGCCACGUCCAGUGGAAGCAGCAUGUGGGGAAGACCUGCGAGGAGGUCCUGGAGAGAGACGAGAUCCGCAUGAGGGUGCUCUUCGAGGAGCGCAUGACGGCAGCUCGGGUGAGGAAGUGCGUCAAGUGCGGGACGGGCCUGGUCAAAUCGGAGGGCUGCAACCGGAUGUCGUGCCGCUGCGGCAGCUUCAUGUGCUACCUCUGCCGAGAGCCCAUCACCGGCUACAACCACUUCUGCCAGCACGCCCGGUCUCCCGGCGCUCCCUGCCGCCACUGCCGCAAGUGCUCCCUCUGGACCGACCCCACGCAAGAUGACGAGCGAAUCAUUCAGGAGAUCCAGAAGGAAGGGGAGGCGGAGCUGAAUAAGAAGUGCACAGAUAAUUCAGGGAAGAGAGUCGGCCCUCCACCGGAGCCCAUCGCAGACACCAAGCGGCCCCGUGUCGGUCCACCCGCAGAAAACCCACCCAUUCCCAACCCCCCGCCCGCUCCUCUCCCCCAGGCAGUGCAAGCUCCCCUUUUCGUCCCUCCGCGUCCCCGCUACCCACCGGCGCCACCGCCGCACUACCCCCAGGUGAUCAUGCCACGGCUGCGCCCGGCGCCCUACGUGCCCCCGCUGCAGCACCUGCCCCCUCUGAACAAUAACAACAACAACAACCACCCCCACAACCACCACCAUCACCACCACAACCACAACCCCGGUCCCUUCAACCUUCAUCAGCACAACAUGGACGUGAUGGACAUGCCAAUGCACUACGGGCCGCCGCACCGCUACUACAGACGCUUCUAACGCGGUGGCAUGAAUCCCGCUGUGACCCGGUGUGCCCCUGCACACACUCAUGUACCCUCACUACAGUAUUUCAGUAAAGUUUUUCCCUGUCUGGUUAUUAUUUUUCGUUCCUUUUAUUGUGCAUUAUUGUUUUUCAUUAUAGUGUUUUCAUCCGUUUUGAUAGCUCACAUCUGCGAGCCAGCCUCUCCUUAUCAAUUCAAAUAAAGAAAAACACACUGAAAGUGCAUUUUUAGAGAAUCACACACACACUUUCAGAUACUUUUGCCUUCUCGUGUUGCUUUUGGGCUUCAAUAAUGGAGAGAUCCUCUUGUUACUCUUUUCCACCCUUUUUUUGUUUUCAUUUAAAUGUUCACGGACAGUUGAGAACCUUGAGACAAUUUAUUUCCCCUUUAUACAGAUAUUUUUGAGUAAUAAAAGCAUAAAAUUAAAAAAAUAUUGUUAGCAUUUCCUCUGUAUCUUUUGUGUAACAUGUGAGACUGCAAACUUUUCUAAUAAAGUCCUCUGUUCACAUU